UCAGAUUGUGUAUGCUUUAAAUCUGAGGAGAAACCUCCACACAGAGCAGAGACCCUUGAAUUGAGAUGUUCCUCAACACAAUGCUGGUGGUCCUGACGGACCUGGCAGCCCGUUUUCUUGGAAACACAGUUUUUCGGCAGCACUUCCACCUGCUGCUGUCAGUGCUGCUGAUGUUUGGGCCUGGACUUAGUUUUUGGGUGUCCCAGCAUAGCAUCUUUGCCAAACGGACCCACUUCCUGUACAGGAUUUUCCUACGCUCCGGGUGGGGUUGGACCUCCAUUUUUGUGGGCUCCUUUGUGUUUGUCCUCUCCUUCUCCAUUCGCCGCUCUUUUUCUCUGUCUCUCCGGCACCUGUCCCGCCUCCUGCUGGCAGGAGGGUUGUGGCUUGGGUUCUGUAAACUCCUGGACCUGUUGGAAAAUGCCACUGGCAGCUGCUAUGAGCCGUUAGCGGGGACCUCAGACGUGUCCAGCGGUCAGCCUCUGCUGGUGCUGCGCGAAGGAGCGAGUAAGGCCGAGUGUCUUAAAGGUGGGAUGUUGUGGAGGGGCUAUGAAGUAUCAGAGGAUGUCUUCCUCCUCUGUCUGUGCUGUUUGCUCCUGGCAGAAGAAACAGCUGUGUUUGGCCCCUAUUUGAGCCUGGGAGGAGUCUCUGAUGCACCGCUCAGGAUCCUCUUCUUAUUCUGUGUCGUCCUUCUAAACCUCUGGAUCUUUUUAUUGCUCUGCCUGUUAGCUUAUUUUCCCCAGUUCCCUACUCAGCUUUUGGGAGGUGCACUGGGCUGUUUGAGUUGGAGAGUCCUGUAUCAGGGCUGGUACCGGAUGGGUCCAAGCUGGUACUGUCCAGGAAGGCCAGGCCUGGGACUACUCAACACUAAGAGCUGCUUGAAUGGAGAAGAGAAGAAAGAACAUACUCAGUGA